UCCUGCAUCAUCUUCCACUGUUCCUGCAUCAUCUUCCACUGUUCCUGUAUCAUCUUCCACUGUUCCUGCAUCAUCUUCCACUGUUCCUGCAUCAUCUUCCACUGUUCCUGCAUCAUCUUCCACUGUUCCUGUAUCAUCUUCCACUGUUCCUGGAUCUGCCUCCACUUCCUCCCUCCAGGAACUACUCAGAGUGUUCACUAAGGUGGAGUGUUGGUGGGAGGCGCUAGCGUGGCCACAGGAGGAAACAAAGGGAGCAUUGUUGGUGCUGGUGUUGGAGAACUUGUCUUCCAUGGCAGUGGAGUGUUGCAGAGGACUUACAAGUCUACUCCACUCCAACACUGCCAUGACCACCCACUCAACACCGCCCACAACACGACCCACGCCCACGCCCACUUCUGAGACUGAUGUUCACUCGCCUCUUUUCAACCUAAAAUUGGUAAGGGUGGUGGCGAGUAUAAGUGAAGCACAGCGUCAGGUACUGGGUCUGGCUGGCAUCCUGGGGGUGGAAGAGACGGUGCAGCAGCUGCUGCAGGGUAAGAGAAUCACUGCUGCAGAACAAGUGAAGGUCACCGUGAUGACUCUCACUGCCAGUGUCAGCAGCAACAUUGAUACACUGCUCGACGGCACCAUAGAGUCAGCUGUUGAUAAGGUGAGGGAGAGGCUGAGAGAGGGUGUGGAGAGGGCGUGUGAAGAAGGGAGAGAAGGCUACCUGCUGGACCACAUGUUGACACCAACACUCACACUUAUCCAUCACCAUCUUCCUUCCCCUCUCCAGCAGCGUCUCCUGCAGCGCCUGUGGGAGGCUGUCUUAGCAGCCUUCAUGCUCACCGUCAGUGGGAAGGCACAGAGGACAACACCUGACUAUUUCGAGUGUGUGUACCAGAUGCUGCAGUCAACUUUCCGUGUGUUCACAACCCCAGGCUCACUACCACCCUCCUCAGCUACCACCCCAGGUUACAGGUCACUAGUGGAGGACCUGGAUGAAAGACGGGUGUCUUCACACCAGCUGAUCCUUCAGUACUACCAGGAACAUCUCACCCACCUCACCCACCACACCACGCCCACCACAGCCCACCUCCUUCUCAGAACAUUUUACAGUCAACCUGGAAGUCUGAGGGUGAGGGUGCUGGAGGUUCGGGAUAUCUGCUGGAGUGAGGCCACAGGUUCUUCGUGUCAGAGGUCAGGUCAGCAGGCCAGGUACUGUGUGGAGGUGCAGCUGGUUCCUCGUCACAUGUUCCCCAGCGCCUCUGUCUGCACCACCUCCAAGCAGCGACCUCCGGCCUCCUUCUACGACACCUUCCAGUUUCCCACAGGUGUAAUUGGAGGGGGAAGCCCCGGGUGGCUACAACUUACCCUUCAAGUGGUAAGGGUCAGUGGAGGCAGUACGUACUUAGGUGAGGGUCUCCUGCCCCUGUCCACCCUCCCCUACCUCGGUUCACCUGAAGUCCACAACACCUGCCUGAGGAUGACAGCCCCUCUCGUCCGACCAGGUGAAUCAGGAUACAAGUGUGUGUCUGUGUUGAGGUCGAGGCUACAGGAUCCCUUGGCUGUGUCAUUCACCAAAUGUUUAAGAAGUUACCAUCCGGAGACCGCAAGGAAUGACAGGAUCUGACACCACGAGUGACAGUGUCUGACACUACGAGUGAGUGUCUGACACUACGAGUGACAAUGUCUGACACCACGAGUGACAGUGUCUGACACCACGAGUGACAGUGUCUGACACCACGAGUAACAGUGUCUGACACCACGAGUGACAGUGUCUGACACCACGAGUGACAGUGUCUGACACCACGAGUAACAGUGUCUGACACCACGAGUAACAGUGUCUGACACCAAGAGUGACAGUGUCUGACACCACGAGUGACAGUGUCUGACACCACGAGUGACAGUGUCUCACACCACGAAUGACAGUGUCUGACAGCACGAGUAAUAGUGUCUGACACCACGAGUAAUAGUGUCUGACACCACGAGUAAUAGUGUCUGAUACCACGAGUGACAGUGUCUGACACCACGAGUGACAGUGUCUCACACCACGAAUGACAGUGUCUCACACCACGAGUGACAGUGUCUCACACCACGAAUGAUAGUGUCUGACACCACGAGUAAUAGUGUCUGACACCACGAGUAAUAGUGUCUGACACCACGAGUGACAGUGUCUGACACCACGAAUGACAGUGUCUGACACCACGACUAACAGUGUCUGACACCACGAGUGACAGUGUCUCACACCACGAAUGACAGUGUCUCACACCACGAGUGACAGUGUCUCACACCACGAAUGACAGUGUCUGACACCACGAGUAAUAGUGUCUGAAACCACGAGUGACAGUGUCUCACUCCACGAGUGACAGUGUCUGACAUACGAGUGACAAUGUCUGACACCACGAGUGACAGUGUCUGACACCACGAGUGACAGUGUCUCACACCACGAGUAACAGUGUCUCACACCACGAGUAACAGUGUCUGACACCACGAGUAAACGUGUCUGACACCACGAGUAACCGUGUCUGACACCACGAGUGACAGUGUCUGACACCACGAGUAACAGUGUCUGACACCACGAGUGACAGUGUCUGACACCACGAGUGACAGUGUCUGACACCACGAGUGACAGUGUCUGACACCACGAGUGACAGUGUCUCACACCACGAGUAACAGUGUCUGACACCACGAGUAACAGUGUCUGACACCACGAGUAACUGUGUCUGACACCACGAGUAACAGUGUCUGACACCACAAGUAACAGUGUCUGACACCACGAGUAACAGUGUCUGACACCACGAGUAACAGUGUCUGACACCACGAGUGACAGUGUCUGACACCACGAGUGACAGUGUCUGACACCACGAGUAACAGUGUCUGACACCACGAGUAACAGUGUCUGACACCACGAGUGACAGUGUCUGACACCACGAGUGACAGUGUCUGACACCACGAGCGACAGUGUCUGACACCACGAGUAACAGUGUCUGACACCACGAGUGACAUUGUCUGACACCACGAGUGACAGUGUCUGACACCACGAGUGACAGUGUCUGACACCACGAGCAACAGUGUCUGACACCACGAGUGACAGUGUCUGACACCACGAGUGACAGUGUCUGACACCACGAGUGACAGUGUCUGACACCACGACUAACAGUGUCUGACACCACGACUAACAGUGUCUGACACCACGACUAACAGUGUCUGACACCACAAUCGGAUACCUAACCACAAUUAAAAACGUUAUCGUUGUGUAAUAGUUGUAAUCUAUCUAUCUAUCUAUUUAUCUAUCUAUCU